UCAAUUAUUGAAUCACUAAUCACAUGUGAGUCUCGCUUUACUAUUACCACUGUCAACCAUUCACAUACCACUCUUUGCUAUCAAUUUGCAUAGAUCUUCAUUUCCUUCAAACUUUUGCUAAUACAACAUGGCUGCAAUAGGAACUGCUUUCCUCUCUGCAAUUGUUCAAACCUUAGUUGACAAACUUGCUUCCAAAGAGUUUCUUGAUUACGUCACAAACACCAAACUCGAUGCCUCACUCAUGAAAAAAUUAAGAGUAACACUACUCAUUCUUCAACCUGUGCUAGAGGUUGCAGAGGAGAAGCAGAUCAACACUCCUUCUGUCAAAGAAUGGCUUGAGAGCUUGAAAGAUGCUGUCUACGGUGCUGAAGAUUUGCUCAACCAAAUAACCUAUGAUUCCCUUCGAUGCAAGAUGGAGAACACACAAGCUGCAAGCAAAACUAAUCAGGUGUGGAACAUCCUUUCUUCUCCUUUUAAAAAUAUCUAUGGUGAGAUCAAUUCACAAUUAAAAGACAUGUGUGAAAUCCUGAAACUGUUUGCACAACACAAAGAUAUUAUUAGUUUGCAAACUAAAAGUGUCAUAGUUUCUCAUAGAACAUCUACAAGUCGUAUAUUCAAUGAAUCUGUCAUGGUUGGUAGAAAAGAUGACCAAGAGAAAGUAAUGAACAUGUUGCUAGCAGAAAGCAAUACUAAUAUGGGGGUAGUUGCAAUUGUAGGCAUGGGAGGUAUUGGAAAAACAACACUUGCACAACUUGUUUACAAUGAUGAAAAAGUUCAACAACACUUUGAUUGCAGAGCAUGGGCCUGUGUAUCAGAGGACUUCAAUAUCCUUAGAGUAACCAAAACUCUCCUUGAAUCAGUCACUAAAACACCAUGGGAAACCAAUAAUCUUGACUUACUUCGAGUUGAGUUACAGAAAAAUUUAAGGGACAAGAGGUUUUUUAUUGUGUUAGAUGACUUAUGUAAUGACAAAUAUUCUGAUUGGGAUGAACUUGUAUCUCCAUUGUAUAGUGGAAAAAUUGGAAGCAGAGUGAUCAUCACAACACGCAACAAAAGAGUGGCAGCUGCUGGAACCACAUUUCCUAUUUUUAAGUUAGAUCUUCUAUCAGAUGAAGAUAGUUGGUGUUUACUUUCCAAACAUGCAUUUGGAGGUGGAAACUUUUGUGAAACUACAAUCCCAAACUUUGAAGCAGUUGGCAGAGAGAUUGCAAGAAAGUGUGGAGGAUUACCAAUAGAUGUGAAAAGAGUUGGAAGACUAUUGCGUUCAAAAGUAGAUAUUGAAGAGUGGGUUGAUGUUUUGAAUAGUGACAUAUGGAACUUACCAAUGGCCUAAUAUUGAAAUGUGUGAACUCAAUGGUGAAUUAUUCUUUUAAUUAUAAAGUUCCCACUCUCUGCAAAAACUUUAUUGAUCAAGAGUUUUGCAAAUUUGUUGACUGCCAUUGAUAAUUUGAUGUUAGAACACAAAGAUGCUAUAGACAUUCUGUGUGGUUUGUUUGUUUGCUUAUGUAUGUAUGACUUUGUUAUAGAUUAAGGUUGUAUUUGUCUGUGUGGUUAGCUUUAUAUAGGCAUGUUGAUGAAUAUAAAAACUAUUUUCCUAUAAUUUAAAACAAACGGAUUCUAAAUUGUUUGUU